UAAGCUCGUCAAAGCCUCUGCACUGUCCUCUCCCCGCGACCAACAAUAGGCUCCGGCGAGGACCGAGUGCCUUUCGACCUUCAAAUUCAGGUUGCUCCUCAAUGGCGACUUCUAGUUCCUUACUACGUCAAACCUGCCAAAUCCCGAAAUCCCUCCGCCAACUAAGCACAUCAGCGGCGGCCACUUCUCACCACCGUCAGCCACCGCAGAACCACAAGUUCCUGGACCCAAACUCCUACUUGGGGAGCUGGCAGCCGCCCAAGGACCCAAAGGAGGCCGAGGCCAAGCUGGCUAUGCUCAGAAGACAGUACGCUAAGCAGGUGAAGGAGGUGCGGAAGGAGUAUAUAAGAGAGGUGGAGAUGAUGAGGCUGGAGCAGCAGCGGAAGGACGAGGCGAAGAGAGAGGCGAUUAGGGUGGCCAGGGAGGAAAGGAACAAGCUGAAGGCUGCAGAGGCUAAGGUUAGGGCCGAGGAGCGAAAGGUUGCCGAGGAAGAGUUCCGCCAAAUGCUCAUGAAAGAGAGAGCGGCAAAACUUGAAAACUGGAGGAUGAAGGAGAAAGCUCAGGAAGACAAGAACAAGGAAAAGCGUGAGCUUUUACGCAGGCAAAGUUCCCUGUGGAUCGACCAACAAAACCUGGAGGCGAAAUUAUUGGAAGCUAUUGUUCAAACCACAGAACUCUGAGUUCCUUUUGAGACCAGGCCUAAAAUGUAUACUCCGAAAUAACUCUAGUCAUUUGCUGCAACUCCAGUGCAAGAGUCUUAUGUUGGAAGGUAGAACUAUUUUCUAGAAUCUUAAUGCUGUACUCUGCUUCUGUCCAUGUUCAUCUAUGUAACUUUUUUCAAUAAAUAAUCUUUAUAACUUACUAAUCCU